AAAACACUGGAUUUUUGUUAGAAAUUCUGCAAGAGUGAUACUAUAAGUAAAGAUGUCAUACUUAAUGAAAAGAGUUAAAUGUUGCAGUCCUGUGAAUCAGAUGCACAAAGUGUCAGGAACUCUGUUUAAAGCACACAUAUUAAAGAACAUACUGGGCAUCAAUGAACAGCAGUUCAAAAUUUCACGUACAUCAUCUCAACUUAGUUCUGAAGAGGCAAACUCUUAUCAUUAUGUCAUUGUUGGAGCUGGAUCAGCAGGGUGCGUAUUAGCUAACAGGUUGACUGAAGACCCUCUCAGUACUGUACUACUUUUGGAAGCAGGCCCUAAAGACACCCUUCUAGGUAGUAAAAGACUGAUGUGGAAGAUUCAUAUGCCUGCUGCAUUAACAUACAACCUCUGCGAUGAGAAAUAUAACUGGUAUUACCACACAACAUCACAAAAGCAUAUGGAUAACCGAAUUAUGUACUGGCCCCGUGGAAGAGUGUGGGGUGGCUCCUCUUCUCUCAAUGCUAUGGUAUACAUUCGUGGGCAUGCAGAAGAUUAUAAUCGAUGGAGCCGGGAAGGGGCUAUAGGAUGGGACUAUGAACAUUGCUUGCCCUACUUUAAGAAGGCACAGACGCAUGAACUGGGGCCAGAUCAGUACAGAGGCGGCAAUGGACCCCUAUAUGUGACAAGGGGGAAAACAAACCAUCCUCUUCAUCAUGCAUUCCUGGAGGCAACCCAGCAAGCUGGGUAUCCCUUCACAGAUGACAUGAAUGGCUAUCAGCAAGAAGGAUUUGGCUGGAUGGACAUGACUGUACACCAAGGUCAAAGAUGGAGCACAGCUAGUGCUUACCUUCGCCCAGCCAUAUCACGCCCAAAUUUGUCAGUUGCAGAGAAGACACUUGUAACAAAAAUCUUGUUUCAAGGAACAAAAUCCAUUGGUGUUGAGUAUGUGAAAAAUGGGCGAAGGAAAAAGGCUUUUGCCAGUAAAGAAGUUAUUUUAAGUGGAGGUGCCAUAAAUUCUCCACAGCUGCUUAUGUUGUCUGGGAUUGGCAAUGCGGAUGAUCUAAAAAAACUGGGGAUCCCUGUUGUUUGCCAUCUUCCUGGAGUAGGCCAGAACCUUCAAGAUCAUUUGGAAGUGUACAUCCAGCAAAAGUGCACCAAACCUAUUACUCUGUAUAAUGCACAAAAGCCAGUUAACAUGGUGAGGAUUGGUCUAGAAUGGCUUUGGAAGUUUACAGGUGAGGGAGCCACUGCCCACUUAGAAUCUGGUGGGUUUAUCCGAAGUGAACCAAGGGUUCCUCACCCCGACAUUCAGUUCCACUUUCUCCCUUCUCAGGUGAUUGAUCAUGGUCGGGUUCCUUCCACAAUGGAAGCUUACCAGGUCCAUGUGGGACCCAUGAGGAGCACAAGUGUGGGCUGGCUAAAGCUGAAGAGUGCAGACCCAAAUGACCAUCCUAUCAUUGAGCCUAACUACAUGUCAACAGAAAGAGAUAUUUGGGAAUUCCGCCAGUGUGUCAAGUUGACCAGAGAGAUCUUUGCUCAGAAAGCUUUUGAAAAAUUUCGCGGGCCUGAAAUCCAACCAGGAAGCCAUGUUCAGUCUGACAAAGAAAUAGAUGCUUUCAUAAGGCAGAAGGCUGAUAGUGCUUAUCAUCCAUCCUGCACCUGUAAAAUGGGUCAGCUUUCAGAUAGCACUGCUGUAGUUGAUCCCCAAGCAAAAGUAAUUGGCAUUGAAAAUUUGAGAGUAGUAGAUGCUUCAAUAAUGCCCAGUGUUGUCAGUGGAAAUUUGAAUGCCCCAACUAUUAUGAUAGCAGAGAAAGCUGCAGAUAUAAUUAAGGGCCUCCCAUCACUUCAGGAGAAAAAUGUUCCUGUAUAUAAGCCCAAGACCUUGGAAACACAGAGAUAAACAAAUGUUCUCAUCCUUUCACAUCUUUUGCUACUUAGGCUUUCAUCAGCAUGUUGGUAUCUCAUACUGAACAUGCCAACAAAAUAAA